GGCACAGCGAGACUGAAACAGCCCGCGUGCAGUGCAGAAACCACAAGCAGGAGGACUCCGAAGCCGGGAGUAAAAGUACCAACACAGACAGGAGCAGCAGAGAGAUAGAAAAGCCUGAGGAUCGGCAGCCGCUGAAAGAACACUUUGUUUGUUGUGCUGGUUCUGCUGGAGCUCCGUCGCUUGCUGCUGGACUCCCAGCCCCAGAGCUGGACCUGCAGCAGGAGAGGUUGGUAGUAAACUCUCUGGAGUUUGGUCAGAGUCGCUUCAUAGCCGUUUGAACUCUGCUUGUGGAACAAGGACUGCACUGAGACCAGGACUCUCAGUCUGAAAACUUUUACGCACUUUUACGCACUUCUGGACUCUCGCGUCUCGAGCGCGCUCUCGAGCACGCGUCUCGACAACAGCUCUCAUCAACUUGCGAGCGUGGAGGAGAAGAAGUUCAUUCUGCCUUCCUUCAGCCUUUGAGGUCGAUCGAGAUCGAGAAACGAGACAGCGAGAGCAGAAAUCGUGGAUGGAGAGAACUUCUGAAAGAUCUUCUUCUUAGAGAUCUGCUACAGACAAAUAUGGCCCAAACAUUCUAGUGAAGUCUUCAACCCUCCAUCCAAACCAACUUAGUGCACAAAAGUAAACAACAAAAACAAGAAAGAACAAGAAAACCUACAAGUUUAAACCUUGAACAGGAAACUCGCUCAAGCAAAAAAGAGAGCAGAAGACAUCCAGAUCAGUUCUAUCGAUCCAUCCAUCCUCUAAAAGCAAGAAGAUGGAGUGGAGAACCCUCUCCUUGACCGGCCUUUCCUUGGCCCUAUGUUUGUGUACUCUUAUCGGCCUGACCCACGCUACUCCCUCCGGACCUGCCUCAGCCACCUGCGCCACCCUGGAACAGAGUCGCUUCUUCGGAUUGUUCUCCUCCAAAACGGCCCUGCAUUCGGCUCCCUGCUCCUGGACCCUGCAGAACCCAGAUCCCCGCCGCUACACCGUCUACAUGAAGAUCACUAAGCCCACUGAGUCCUGCACCCCUCGCCAGAUCAAGACCUUCCAGUUCGACUCCUUCUUGGAGACUUCACGCACCUACCUGGGCAUGGAGAGCUUCGAUGAGGUCGUGCGACUCUGCGAUGCUACCUCCUCUGUGGCCUACCUGGAGUCCAGCAAGCAGUUCCUGCAGGUGAGGAAAGUGGUCCCUCGCAUUGGCUCUGAGCUUCUGGAGAUUGAGGAAGGUUCUGACGAUGAAGGCAGCCACUUCAGUGCAGAGUUCCUGGUUGUUGGCAAGAGGAAUCCUAGUGUGCCUGCCUGCGAGAUGCUCUGCAAGUGGCUGGAAGACUGCCUGACGACCAGUACCCACGGUAACCCAUGUGGUAUCAUGGCAACCCCAUGCCAGUGCUGGGAACCACCCAAGAAGAGGGCAGGUGGCUGCUACAGGGGCGGAGUCUACGUGGACAAGUGUUCAUCAACCAUCAGAGACAGCAACAGGGAUGCCGAGAUCAUGAAGGGCUGGGCUGGUUGGACUCACUGGUCCGAGUGCAGCAAUGAGUGCGGAGGUGGAAUCCAGGUUCGCAGCAGGGCAUGUCAACCCAAGGAUGGCAUCUGCGAGGGCGUAGUUGAAGAAGCGCGUGCCUGCAACCCCCAACCCUGCAUUGGUAAAGUUCGCCAGCGUAGCCAGGGUCUUCGUUCCAUCAUUGGCCAGAGGAGGGACAAUGGAGAGGAGAGCAGCCUUCUGCAGGUUCCUCAACCAGAAACAAAUCAAGAUCAGUGGUCUUCAUGGAGCGGUUGUUCCGUGAGCUGUGGUGAGGGCUGGCAGAGCCGAACACGCAACUGCAUGACAUCCGCACUUACCACACUGUGUACCGGCCCCCUGAGAGAGAACAGACCCUGCAACAACUCUGUUGUUUGCCCAGUGAAUGGAGCUUGGGAUGAGUGGGCACCCUGGAGUUUGUGUUCAUCCACCUGCGGACGUGGCUACCGUGACCGUGUCCGCCUCUGCAAGCCACCCAAUAAUGGAGGAGAACCGUGCAGGGGCCCCACCAAACAGACCAAGUUCUGCAACAUCGCUGUGUGCCCUGUCGAUGGUUCCUGGAACGAUUGGUCCGCCUGGAGUCCAUGCUCUGCUUCCUGCUCCAAUGGUACGAUGCAGCGCACACGCGAGUGCAAUGGCCCAUCAUAUGGAGGCUCAGAGUGCAGAGGAGACUGGCGUGAGACUAGCAACUGCUUCCUCAAAGACUGCCCAGUGGACGGGAGAUGGCUCUCCUGGAGCUCUUGGGGCAGCUGCAGCAAGACAUGUGGAGGAGGAAGCCAGCAGAGACAGAGAGUGUGUGAAGGGCCAUUUUUUGGUGGAGAACCUUGUGUUGGUGACAAAGCUGAACUUAGACGCUGCAAUGAAAAGAGAUGCCCAGAACCCCAUGAGAUCUGUGUCGAGGAAAACUAUGGCAGUGUGGUGUGGAAGAGGACUCCAGCUGGUGACACUGCAGCUGUUCCUUGCCCCUCUGAUGCCACAGGCAUGGUCAUUCGACGUUGCACCCUGGAUGCCGUAGGCUUGGCCUUCUGGGAGAACCCCACCUACAUCAAGUGCAUCUCUAAGGAGUUUGAAGACAUCCAGGAACUGGCUCGUGAACACUUCAAUAAGUCGCAGAAAGGUGUGUUAGUCGAUGGUGUGUCUGAGAUGCUCUCCAGGCUGAGAAUGACCUCAGAUGAUGGGACGAAGUACAGUGGAGACCUGCUGGCAGUCAUGGAAGUUCUGAAGAACACUACUGAAAUCUUCCGCGGAUCUGGUUACAGCCUCAGUAACGCUGACGUUGAGAACUACGCUCAGACAAUCAGCAAUUUACUGAAGGAGGAACACCAUGGCAAAUGGGAAGAGACACAGCUGAUGGGAGGCAGCAUCAAGGACUUCUUCAGCCUAAUUGAAGACUUCAUUGACAUGAUCGGCAAGCAGAUGAGAGAUUUCCAAGACAUUUAUGAAGUGACUGAGAACCUUGAGCUGAGCAUCCAAAAGCGUCCCAAAACCAUGACCUCCGAUGUGACUUUCCCAAUGAAGGGAUGGAGAGGCAUGAUGGAGUGGGUGCGCAACUCAGAAGAAAAGAUCGUUGUGUCCCGCAAUGCAUUGAGUCUGGAUGUACCAGGUGCCGAAGACAGCACAGGCUUUGUGACUGGCAUCGUUCUGUACAGAAACCUGGGCCCUAUCCUGUCUCUGCAGAGCAACAGCACCCUGCUGAACUCCAAGAUUGUCACUGUAACUGUGAAGCCCAACCCUGGUUUCCUGACUGCACCUGUGGAGAUCGAGUUCCCUCACCUGCACAAUGGCACUAUCAAUGAGACAUGCAUUGCCUGGGACGAGAGCGAGACUGCUUCUCUGCUGGGCUCGUGGUCGGCUCGCGGCUGCAGAGCGCUCGCGCUCGACUCCAGAACCAAAUGUGUGUGUGACUCGCUCUCCACCUUCGCCAUCUUAGCGCGGCCAAACCCAGACUCGAACAUGGAUAAGAACCUGUUGCCGUCGGUUACGAUGAUCGUGGGAUGCGGAGUGUCAUCCCUGACACUGCUGCUGCUCAUCAUCAUCUAUGUCUCUGUUUGGAAGUACAUCCGCUCAGAGCGCUCGGUCAUCCUCAUCAACUUCUGCUUGUCAAUAAUCUGUUCCAAUGCGCUCAUCCUGAUUGGUCAGACUCAGGCUCGCAACAAGAUCAUGUGCACCCUGGUCGCAGCCUUCCUGCACUUCUUCUUCUUGUCCUCUUUCUGCUGGGUUCUGACCGAGGCAUGGCAGUCCUACAUGGCCGUGACUGGGCGCCUGCGCAACCGGAUCAUCCGCAAGCGCUUCCUGUGCCUGGGCUGGGGACUUCCUGCCCUGGUGGUGGCCGUCUCUGUGGGAUUCACCAAGGCCAAGGGAUACGGCACAGUCAACUACUGCUGGCUGUCUCUUGAGGGCGGGCUUCUCUACUCGUUUGUUGGUCCCGCAGCUGCCGUAGUCCUGGUGAACAUGGUGAUUGGUAUUCUGGUCUUUAAUAAGCUGGUGUCCAAGGAUGGCAUCACCGAUGUAAAGCUGAAGGAGAGAGCAGGGGCGUCUCUCUGGAGUUCCUGUGUGGUUCUUCCUCUGCUGGCUCUCACAUGGAUGUCGGCAGUCCUGGCAAUCACAGACCGGCGCUCGGCUCUCUUCCAGAUCCUCUUCGCCGUCUUCGACUCGCUCGAGGGCUUCAUCAUCGUCAUGGUUCACUGCAUCCUGCGCAGAGAGGUUCAGGAAGCUGUGAAGUGUCGCGUCGUCGACCGCAAGGAUGACGGGAAUGGAGACUCUGGGAGCUCGCUUCAGAACGGCCACACACAGCGCCUGGGUGACCUCGAAAAGGAUGCUGACUCCAACAGAACAGGUGGCAUGAAGAGCUCUUCAGAGGAGAAGAUGCCUCCUCCCCAGAUGCCUCUACCCAUGGGACCCAACUUCCACACCCUUCCCUCCAACCCCAGCGCCAAGUCACACAUGCAGGCCGUCCCCGAGUACUCCAGCCACACGCUGACCCUGCGGAGGGAGAAGGGCCGCGGCGUGGACCCAACCUGCGGAAAGCCCGUCUACGUGUGCGACAGCGACAUCUUCAAGCAGAUGGACGUGGACCUCGUGAGAAGCCAGACCGAAGGCAGCGGCAUGGACGCCGGCGGCUACGUCCUCAUGCCAAACACCACGUCUACCCUGCGCUCCAAGCCCAAAGAGGAGCUGUCCUCCACCACCAAGUACAACAUCGGCGUGGAGCAGCUGCCUCAGGCCCGUCUCAUGCACAUGAGCGGCGGCUUCGCCGAGCCCCAGGCCGCCUACGCCAGCAGGACGCUUCCGGCCGACCGCCUCAGCGUUUCCUACUCGGAGGAGCGAGACUCGCCCGUCCAGAACCUGCACAACAUCUCCAGCGAGAGCCACAUGACCAGCAGCCUGGGAGACACCUUUGACUCCAUGAACUCCAUGAUGUCCAAGAGCGAGACCAUCUCCACGCUGUCUAUGAGCUCACUGGAAGUUAGUGAAGGGAGGCAGAAAUCUCGUUAUGCUGAGCUCGACUUUGAGAAGAUCAUGCAUACGCGGAAGCGCCACCAGAACAUGUUCCAAGACCUCAACAGAAAAGUACACCACGCUGAGAAGGACAGAGAGUCGCCUGCUUCUGACAGCAAGUCUGUGAGGUGGAGCGUGUCUUCUGCGGGAAGCGACAAAACCAACCACAGCGACAAGCAGCAGGCCCCAGGAGAGCGGUCGUGGGAGAGCAUGCCCCGGUCGCAGACGUCGCCCCCGGCCUGGGUACGGAAAGACCUUGAGCCCCUGGCAGCGUCCCCUCUUGAACUGCCCACCGUGGAGUGGGAAAAGGCCAGCACCACCAUCCCUCUGGUGGGCCAAGACAUCAUCGACCUGCAGACGGAGGUGUGAAGGCCUUGCUGUGAAAACCCCUGUACACCCCUGGCUCCUUUUGGUUUGGGAAAGAAGGAAAAGAGGGCAGAUUCUGAAGGGAAUUGGGGAAGCGGUGGAAGCUGGAUAGAUGCAGAAGGAUGAAGGAGAUGAAGAGAGGAGUAGAAUGAAGAGAACCAAAAAAAAGGAAAAGGAAAAAAAAAGAUGGACAAAAGAGAGAGGAAGAAAAGGUGUAAGCACAAAUUGUGAAUUCAUGUAUCCUCAAGCUUCACCAGUAGCUGUCAGGAAGUAGCAUUUGAUGGUAAUGUUAGUGGAGACGUGGAGAUUUGAUUGGUUCUGGUUGGCUUUGGUUCUCCUCCGGGUCCAAAGUGGUUGGCGAAGGUGGUUCCGCCGAGAGCUUCUCCCAUUACUCUUCCGUCUGGUCCAGGAGAGGUGUGGUCUUCAUGCCUGUGCCUUUUCAGUUUUUCCUUCGACUUCAGCGUGGAAAGGGGCGGGGCCUCUGGCCAAAGUACCGUCCAAUUGCUCGGCUGCUUUGAGCUUGGCCUCUUCGGGGGCCUCUUCCAGCACCUCCUCUCCGCUUGCUAGUGGAGGAAGACGAGCGUCGAGCGACCUCCCAGCAGCCUCUGGGGUAUUUCCAACCCUGCGGUGGAUGGACGCAUGUUUUUGCGAGAUGUUUACGCUGUGGUUUGUGGUUUUUAAUCGCUUUGAUGUAGAGCUGCUUCUAUGGAGCUUAUUAUAGACUCUUCCACUGAACUCUAUUCAGAGUCUCUCAGCAUAGCUUUUCUGGACUCGUAUUCAAGGCUUGAAUAGGACUAUAAGAGCUGAACAUCUGUUGUUGUUAUCUUCUAUUAUUGUUGCAGUUAUUAUCAUUGAUUUUUAUGUGUUCUUAUGUGAAUAUCAUUAUGGAUAUGAUUUCUAUUGAAUGUUAUGUUUCUUUAUUCUUUAUUUUCUUUGGUUCGAAGAUGUUUUGUCACUGAUUUUCCAAAUAAGUUCAAGUUUUAAGUCAAAUCACUCAUCAAAUCACCAGAUCCCAAAAAAAAGAAAUCAUCUUCAAGGCAUAAUGAGCUUUUCUUAAGGAGAAAGAGCAGAGGAGAGUGGAGAGGAAGUGGAGGUGUGGCUUCACAGAGACACUCAAACUCAAGACCUCAUGCCCCACUUGCAUUACGCCACAGCUGCGUCUGGAGCAACCCUGGUGCAUUGUUCCCUGGUACCAAACGGCCGGACGCCAGUGACUGUGUUGCGGUGGAUACGGAUUGUCCUCUGCUGAAGGCCUCAUUGGAUAAUUUGCAUCAAAUUUUUUGGUUGUGUUUCGCCUCCAUUUCCGCUACUUCAGCUCUUUCUACAGCCUUGCGAACUAUAGACGAAAAAAAGAAAUGCAUUAUUAGGAAACCUCAUAGACCAUAGCAUUGGGCCUUGAGGCACCUCAGCACAUCCUUAACUGAGGCUGUUCUGGCCCUGCCUCUCCCAUGAGCUUCAUCAGAACUUCCACAGUGCCAGCUUGUAGAGACUGCAAACUCUCAGACUCUCACGUUGUGCAGACAGAGCGAAAGAUAACUGUGCAAUAUGACGACGGACGCUUGAUGCUCAAGCGAGGCUGAUGUCAGACCCUUGACAUAUUUUUUUGUUAUUUCCAGAGAUUUUUGUACUAUGUUUAUAGAGCAUAUAGACACAUUUAUUAUGAGAAGAACACUGUAUAAGGACUUUGCGUUAGCAACGAUCAAAGAUUCUUUCACCGUGAGGAUGUAAUGGAUGAAAGCACAUGACAUUGAGUCCUGUGACCAAUAUUAAUUUUGGAAAAUUAAAAUAGAGAUAUUAUAUAUAAAGAAUAAUAGACCAUAGAGUUUCAGGUAAAUACCUUUGGUUUUCUACUUGAUGCCCCACCCCCUCCCCAUUGUCAGAUUACUGAAUUGCCAGUCCUCUGUAUUGUCCUGUGUUAUGGAACUCUAUGUGUCACCCUAUGUGCCAAUAACCUUCCCUCUCGUUCCAGUCUUACACGGUACAGGUGUUCAAGUUCCUACCUGAAUGUUUUCUGUCCUUUUUCAUUUCUAUGUCUUUAUUCUUUUAUUUUUUUCCACGUGUACAGUUUUCAGAGCACAAAAUGAAUAUGUGUUAUUUCUAAUAAAAGAAAAAUCUAUAUUAUAA